UUCUUAAAAACCCUUCACCCGUCGUAUUUUCACUAGCUAAGACGAUUUCUAUAUUGGUGGGCCUGUUAUAUCUACGGGUAUUUGUAUUAAGAUUCAAUGAGCAAAGAUUGCUUGAUCUAACGAGACCAGAAAAAUGGUGUAGGUGCGAAUUUUUUCGGCAAACUGUAAAAGGUCAUCCUGAUUUCAUACGUUGUAGUGCUGAAAAUAAACAACAGCUUUUGAGACGUGAAUUUACUCGGUUACUCGCAGUAUCUGAAGCGAAACCCGAAUGGCUGAUUAGAUCGUUGUUGGGGGAGGAGGAGUUGUAUACGGCUUACAACAUAGCGGUAACAGCGGUGGAUGAUGGCACAGAUUCGUAUACUAAAUAUCAAAAAAUCAUUAGAAUCGUUCGACAAAUGUUUGGAUAUAUGGUCAUUAAUGACAUGCAAUUUGGCUUGCUUACGUCAUACGUCCGAACAUGGUUUUUCUGCCGUCAACCUGAAAAUCCAAACAGUCUUUACAUUUCUCCUGCAGUUUCCACCAAUCAGAACCAUACGUCCGUUCAGGCCUCAUUCUUGGAAUGUAUGCAUUAUUUUGAAAAUCUAUCUACAAAUAGCCCAAAUGUACACUCUUCGCCUACUACUGGCGAAGACAAUGAGGAUGACAAUAAGGAUGACAAUGGUGAUGAUGAUAAUGAUAACAAUGAUGAUGAUAAUUAUAUGGAGGAAGAUAAUAACGAUGGCUCAGGCUCUAAACAACAUAAGAAACAUAAGAAUGUUUUUAAAAAAGCUAUGAAAGUAAUUAUUCGGAACGUGUCAAGAAAAGGAAAAGAGAAAAUGCAACUCAGAGAUAUGAAAAAUUAUGAUCGUAAUCAGUUUUCUUUUGGCGAUAUGUUGGGAAAUGGUCGAUCCGGGGCUGUUUUUACAGCAAAGCUUUGCGGGAAAACUGGCGCUCUUAAAAUAGCCGAUCUGUAUAAAAAUGAGAAUUUACUAAAAGAAAUGCUUAAUGAAAUCAAAAUCUAUCACGGUCCCCUCAAGGAAAUUCAAGGCAUUUACAUACCAAAGCUUUUGAAAUUCGGAGUUCUUCAUGAAGCUUUUGUUUUUAUCUUUACAUCAUUUGCUGGAGAAUCCUUUGCGGAGCUAGGAAAUAAGCUCACAAAAGAGGAGAAGCAAUUGGCUAUUGAGGGUUUACGGGCGAUACACAUAAGAGGAGUGAUGCAUGGAGACGUUAGGUUGGAGAAUAUAAUGGUGAAAGAGAAGAAUUUGACUGGUAAAAAUUGUGUGUGGUGGAUUGAUUUUGCGUUGAGCAAAAUAGGUAAUGCAAAAGAACUGGAUAGGGAGAUGUUCGAGUUGAAACGAUUGCUUGGUAUUAACAUUAAAAAUUCCUGA